CUCGAUACGUAACACUCAUUCAAAUUGAACUCAGUUCUCAAUUUUCGAUCAUAGGAUCGUGAAUCCAUAUCUGUUUCUAUAUAAAUUUGCGCUAAAACCCUUCGAAUCCAAGGCGAAACGGAAGGAAAUUUUAAGCCCUCAGAGUUUGAUUUGGCUAAUCGAAGGGUUUGAAGUGAAGAUCCGAGAGUAAUGGCUAAAGAGGGUUCCAAUGGAAGUUCCCAAACUUCCACAAAGCCACCACCGACUCCAUCUCCUUUAAGAAGUGCCAAAUUUUUUCAGGCAAAUAUGAGAAUUUUGGUAACUGGAGGAGCGGGGUUUAUUGGCUCACACCUGGUGGACAAAUUGAUGGAAAAUGAGAAGAAUGAGGUUAUUGUUGCUGAUAACUACUUCACGGGAUCGAAGGUUAACUUGAAAAAAUGGAUUGGCCACCCUAGAUUUGAGCUUAUCCGACACGAUGUUACUGAGCCAUUGUUGAUUGAGGUUGACCAAAUAUACCAUCUUGCUUGCCCUGCGUCUCCAAUUUUCUACAAGUACAACCCUGUAAAGACUAUUAAGACGAAUGUAAUUGGCACACUGAACAUGUUGGGACUUGCCAAGCGCGUUGGAGCAAGGAUUUUGCUAACGUCGACAUCCGAGGUAUACGGUGAUCCUCUCAUUCACCCUCAAGAUGAAAGCUACUGGGGAAAUGUCAAUCCAAUAGGUGUGAGAAGUUGCUAUGAUGAGGGCAAGCGAGUGGCUGAAACUCUGAUGUUUGAUUACCACAGGCAACAUGGGAUCGAGAUCAGGAUUGCAAGGAUUUUUAACACCUAUGGACCCCGAAUGAAUAUUGACGAUGGUCGUGUCGUCAGCAACUUCAUUGCUCAAGCAAUCCGUGGCGAGCCUUUGACAGUUCAAGCACCCGGAACACAAACACGAAGUUUCUGUUAUGUCUCUGACAUGGUCGAUGGCCUCAUUCGGCUAAUGGAAGGCGAUAACACUGGACCGAUCAACAUUGGAAACCCAGGUGAAUUCACGAUGCUCGAACUGGCGGAGACAGUAAAAGAGCUGAUCAAUCCUGGUGUUGAGAUCAUCAUGGUGGAGAACACGCCCGAUGAUCCUCGCCAAAGGAAGCCCGACAUCACGAAAGCAAAGGAGUUGCUUGGAUGGGAGCCAAAGAUCAAGUUGAAGGACGGACUUCCUCUCAUGGAGGAUGAUUUCCGAACUAGACUCGAAGUCCCGAGAAAGAACUAAGCUCGUUAAACCUCCGUAUAAUCACACCGGGUCGCCCGAGUGAAGAGUUUUCAAGAGAAUGAAUGGAAGUUUUGAGAGGAGAUUGUGUCCUUUGAUAUCUCGUUGUUCUUUAUUUAGAAUAAGUGACAGUUUGGCUCACACACAUUCAUAUAUAUAUAAAGACGCUUUUAAAUCAUGGCGUUUA